AGCCUGUGCUCUAUCCGCUGGGCCAUGCUGCUUCUUGGAAGAAGUUUUUAAAAAAAUCUGCACUCCUUAAACUUGUAUUUUCACGCAUUAUGGGCAAUUGAAAAAUGAACAUAUGUAGCUGACUUGAACAAGCGAGCUGACUUGCUAUUGAAAUGUAAUUUUUAAUUCUCAGUACAUUUAAUGAAUAACCAUUUAUGGGUAAGGGGAGUAAAGGACAGUAAAUCUUAUUAUGGCAGUAUGAGCCUAUCUGUUAAUGCACUUGUGCAAAAGAUGACUUCAAAAGAUCCCGAACUGGAGAAAUAAAACUGGAAUAGUGCCUGGGGCAUAAUUGAUACCAUGAAACUGGUAUAAUGUUCUUUGUAUCUUCCCAUUGGUUGGGGUUAUUUAUCCAGAUGUUCAGCCUUUGCAUAAAAGAAAGGGGCUACUGAGUGAAUUUGAGUGAAUCCUGCCAACUGGCUACAUUCAUUAACUUGACAAUGGCAAGAACGGUUUUACCUACGAUUUUACUUCUCUGCCUUGUAAGCACAUAUCACAGUGUGAAUGGAAUUUUUAUGGAAAAGCUCGCUAGCAAGAAGCUCUGUGCUGAUGAAGAGUGUGUCUAUACUAUUUCCCUUGCUAAAGCAGAAGAUGAUUACAAUGCCCCGGACUGUAGGUUUAUUAACAUUAAAAAAGGGCAACAGAUCUAUGUGUAUUCAAAACUAGUGAAAGAAAAAGAAGCUGGAGAAUUUUGGGCUGGAAGUGUAUACGGCGAUCAGUAUGAUGAAGGAAUAGGAGUUGUUGGUUACUUUCCUAGAGCGCUAGUGAAAGAGCAGCAUGUCUACCAAGCAGCCAACAAGGAAAUCCCUACAACGGAUAUUGACUUCUUCUGUGAAUAGAAUGCGUACGGAUGAAUCAGAUGAAACCCUGGAUCCAAAGCAAACUAAAUAAAAC